UCAAUAGGGGGCGUACAGGGGAAGUUCAUCUGCCGUUUCAGUCACCGGAGCUAUCUACAAUUUCGCAGUUUAUUUAACAAUUAACGUUAUGUUGAUGGCAUCCAUCUUAGGCAACGUUUGUUCCUGACACGGAUAACCUUUAGAUGCAUUCAUCGGGUAUUAAAAAAAAUGUCUGGAGAAGCCAGUUCUCAGCCAUUCAUCGCUCUGCGAGCACAACACAUAGAGCUGCUACUACAUGCGACAUUUCAGAAACUGAAGAUUACGGAGAAGUGCAUCGUUCUAACAGUAUUUCUGUGGUCAGAGCCGUUAAUAAGAGUAGACGGGGAACAGUCACUCAGAGAGAAUGGAGGAAGGACCUUACAAGUACGUUAUGGAUGGGAAUGGGAGGGUCAGCCGGGUCAUACGGAUUGGGACCAGGAAGAGCCAGUUGGCUCGUAUCCAGACAGACAGCGUUGCGGAGAAGCUGAAAGAGCUGUUUCCAGAAGUUCAUUUCGAGAUAGUUGCAAUGUCCACUAUUGGAGACAAAAUCCUAGAUACUGCACUAUCAAAGAUUGGAGAGAAGAGUCUUUUCACCAAAGAACUGGAGAAUGCUCUGGAGAAGAACGAGGUCGACCUGGUGGUCCACUCUCUGAAGGACCUGCCCACCACCCUGCCUCCAGGCUUCACCAUCGGAGCUGUGCUGAGACGGGAGGACCCCCAUGAUGCAGUAGUGCUGCAUCCCAAAAACGCUGGCAAGUCCCUGGAUGCCCUUCCUAAUAAGAGUGUGAUCGGCACCAGUUCCCUACGCAGGGCUGCCCAGCUGAAGAAAAGGUUCCCCCACCUGGAGUUCAAAGACAUCAGAGGGAACUUGAACACUCGACUGAAGAAGCUGGAUGAGAAGGAGGACUUUGCUGCCAUCAUCCUGGCUGCAGCAGGACUGUGCCGUAUGGGCUGGGACAGCAGGAUCAGCCAGAUAUUGAGUCCUGAAGACUGCAUGUAUGCCAUUGGGCAGGGUGCUCUGGCGGUGGAGGUGAGAACCAGAGACACAGACAUCCUGGAGAUGGUGUCUGUGCUGCACCACUCUGAGACCGUGCUGCGCUGCAUCGCUGAGAGGGCCUUCCUCAGACAGCUGGAGGGAGGCUGCAGUGUUCCUGUGGCUGUCCACACCGAGGUCAAGGACUCUCAGCUGUACCUGACGGGGGCAGUGUACAGCCUGGAUGGGAGUGACAGUCUGAAGGACACCAUGCAGACCAGCCUGGCUGACGACAAGCAGGAGCUGGAGGAGGUGGACGAGCGCAUGCAGCACGUGGGCGUGACGGCCACCAAGAUUUCGGCCUCGGCCCAGGACGCAGCGGAGAAGCUGGGGCUAGACCUGGCGAAUCUACUGCUGAGCAAGGGAGCCAAGGAGAUCCUGACUGUAGCCAGGCAGCUCAACGAUGCCUCAUAGUAGCUCCGAGAUGCAGAGGUGUGGGGUGUGCGUGUUGGGGGGACUUGUGUACCUCCAAACUCUGUAUUACACUUAAUCAUAUUAUUGCUUUAAUUUAGCACUAUGCUGCACAUGCCACACCUAUUACGUAAACGCCUUCUCAGUUGAAGGAUGUGUAGUUGACAAGAGAAAAGCGUGUUUACCCAACACAGGAAGCAUGCUGGGAGAACGUUCAGCUCCUGUUCAGCACUGAACACCAGACCCCUGAACACGGGGGUUCUAAAGCAAAGCUGAAAAUAGACCUGAUAUCAACGACACAACCCAGGAGGCUGCAGUAUCCAUUAGCGCCAGCUUAUCUUUUUAGAGAGAGUUUGUUCAAAAAUGACCAGGGUGUUCUCACUGUGUGGCCUUGUGCACUGUGUUGUUGUAAAUGUGGUAGGAUUACCCUAUCCCAGCUUCGCUGUGUGUGCGUGUUUGUGUGACGGGGUAAUGUGUGUGUGUGUGUGUGUCUGUAAGGUAUUUUAUGUGUGACUGGGUUGGGACUUCCGUGUAACACAACACAGUGCAGAUGCUAGACCUUCGAUCAGAACUGUAAAGAUGUCUCGACCUUUGACAAAUUGAAAAAUAGAGUAAUAUCUUAUUACAUCUUAAACCAUUUUCUACCAGCCAUUUUCAAUGAAGCUUGGACUGUGAGCUUGGACUCCCCCAUAUGUUGUAAUCAGCCUCCAGCUAACCUAUACUGUUCUGUAUAAUAUGGCUAGUAAGGGCUUAGUUCAACAGAUUGAACAGUAUGUACCUUUUACAUAUAUUUAGUCAUUUUCCAACCUACCCGACAAGUGUACAGUAAAUCACAGUACUGUGUGCCUUUGUCAAGUUUCAAAAACGCCAAAGCCAGGCCUUGCCCAAGUGGCCUCCACCCCCAAGUACCCAGAGCAAGCAGAUGGCCUUCAGAACAGGCCUCAACAAGGGUCAUAUCACUGCUUAUCACACGGUGGGUCACAAUGAUCCGAAGGCAGCACAAAGGUUGAAGAUUUUCAUAGACUUCUAUUAUUCUAAUGCAAUUCCUCAAACUAAUUAUUUUCUUUUUCUGUAUUAAUGGUCCUAUGUGUAUCCAUAAUACCAAUCCUUAUUAAUGUUUUUGAAAUGGUUGUGAAAUACCUCUGUAUUCGUGUUUGAAUAUUUAUUUGUCAUCUGCAAAUUACACAUAUGCAAUCUGGGAAGGUGGAGUUUGUCUGUAUCACUGAUCAUAGAGGAAGUGUCGAGAAAAAAAUCUUUCAAUAAAGGGUUUUAUUUGAUUCAUA